AUGCAAAGUGGUGGUUCUUCAUCUUCUUCAAGUGCUAGAAUUGUUGAAUUAGUAGAAAAUCAGUCUGCAACAGAAGUUGAAUUGGAUUGGAAUGAUAUUGAUGCUGAUCCAGGAAAGCGAAAGUCAAUAGAGGCUUUUGAUGUUGCUAUUCGGGAUAGAGUACGGAGAGAGUAUUUGGUUAAAGGUCCUUGUCAACCAAUUGGGAAUACAUAUCCGAAAAAGAAAUAUGGUAUUCAAGAAAGAAGUUUUCAAGAUGCUUGGUUUACAAAAUUUCCAUGGUUAGAGUAUAGUGAAUCAAAAAAUGCAGCCUUUUGCUUUUGGUGCUAUCUUUUCAAGCAAUCAGAUAAAGGAGGUCGAUAUGCAGAAGAUGCUUUUACAAAGACAGGCUUUAACAAUUGGAAAAAUGCACUAGAAAAAUUCAAUCAACAUGUUGGGGCUGCAAAUAGUUGUCACAAUAAUGCUCGAAUUCAGUUUGAAGCUUUUCAAGAUCAAAGGCACAGUGUGGCAAAUGUAUUUCGAGCAAAUACUCGUAAGGCGGAAGUUGCAUAUCGUGUUCGGUUGACUGCUUCAUUGGAUGUGACUCGUUUUCUUUUAAAACAGGGUUUGCCUUUUCGUGGACACGAUGAAUCAAGUAGUUCUUCAAAUCUAGGUAAUUUUCUUGAGUUGCUUCAAUGGCUUGGUCAACAUAAUGUCGAUGUUUCCAAAGUGUUGGGUACAAAUGCUCCUGCUAAUAAUCAGAUGACUUCUCCACGAAUUCAAAAGGAAUUAGCAAAUGCUUGUGCUUCAGAAGUCACACUUGCCAUAGUCAAAGAUAUUGGGGAUAGAGUUUUCAGUAUCUUGGUUGAUGAGGCUCGAGAUGUUUCAUUGAAGGAACAAAUGGGUGUUGUUUUAAGAUACGUGAAUAGUGAAGGAUAUGUGAUUGAGCGAUUUCUUGGGAUUGUACAUGUAACUGACACUUGUUCUCGUUCUUUAAAAAAUGAUAUUGAUGCUUUAUUAGCGAAGCAUAAUUUAUCUCUAUCCAGAGUGAGAGGUCAAGGAUACGAUGGAGCUUCAAAUAUGCGAGCAUCUUGUAAGAGAAAGGAUCAACUUAGGAAGUUGCAACAUGAAAGAUUAGUUGCACAACUUAAUGAUGAAGAAGUGACUAGUGGAAGAGGUCAAAAUCAAGAAACUACUUUGGUUGUUGAUUUAAUUAUACAAGAGAUGAAUAAUCGGUUUUCUGAAGCUAGCACCGACUUGCUAAAAUGCAUAGCGUGUCUUGAUCCAAGAAAUUCUUUCUCUGAAUUCAAUGAGAAUCAAGUCAUUCAUAUUGCUACUUUAUAUCCCGAGGACUUCUCUGCGAGCGAAUGUUUACAUCUUCCACGACAAGUUAGUAACUUUAUUGUUAAUGUGCGGUGUGAUCCUCAAUUUGUUGCGCUUAGUGAUUUGGGAAGUUUUGCUAUGAAAAUGGUCAAAACUAAGAAGCAUUUAGUUUUUCCAUUGGUCUAUCGGAUUAUUGAGUUGGCCUUGGUUUUACCUGUUGCUACUGCUUCUGUUGAGAGAGCAUUUUCUGCAAUGAAGACUAUCAAGACUGAUUUACGAAAUUGA